AGCCACUUUCUCUGCCAGGACAAAGGAAUCUCUAUAGGACUUGCUGAAUUCUUUAGAGAAACAGGUUUAACAAUGGCAGAAGUUCAUGAAUUAAACCUUAAAUCAAUCGACAGUUACAGUGAAAACGAAGAAUUUUAUGCUGAACGUUCCUGUGAAAUGAAGACCAGCAAGAAGCAUUUCAAUUGGACCCCCCAUUGUACAAGUUGGUCAACAUGCAGAUCUGAAAUAGAGACGGAGAUAAGAAAGCCGGAGAAGACGCUGCAAUCCUUUAAGAAGGCGAUAAUGCUAGUGGUGGUUGUGGAAAAGCUGAAGAGAGGGAAAGGUUGCGACAAAUUAUCCUUUUUCGAUGACAGUGACCUGCUGGAUCAGAUCCUAGUGGAGGAAGAAAUCUCGUUAAACAACAUAGAAGAAACAUAUGCGCCCCGACCCAAACUGCGACGUAGAAACACAAUUGUCCAUAUUAUUCGAGACUGCAGACAGAAGUGUCUGGCACUGCAAGAAUUCCCAGGCAGCGCUCACCUUGUGGCCUUGUUUUUACAAGGCAAGAAUCUUGAGCAACAAGUUAAGAUAAAUGUGGGCACCUACAUUUCUGCUCCUCUGGUGGAAAAGAGACUUCCAGUCACGUUGGGUAUUGCCGGUGGCAAUCUUUUUUUAUCUUGCGUGCCUGAAGAAGGUACAGCCAGUACUCCAGUAUUAUCUCUGACGGAGGUCACCAACAUUCGAGGGAAAAAGAAUGAUGACUUGCUACCCUUCCUCUUCUACAAGACACAAAACACCAGUCACAACACCACCUUUGAAUCAGUGGCUUUCCCAGGAUGGUAUAUUAGCACGUCCCAGCAGGAGCAUCAGUUUGUGCAAAUGAAGCCACAAAACGAUCAAGUGUUUCUUAGGGAUUUUGAUGUUACUCCAGAAGGUAUCUGAGAUCCAACCACUUCUAUGUAUGUACUAUGUACAGCGCAGGAGCCAGUGUCACUUCUGUUACACAUCUAACAUGAGUUGUCCUUCAGAUGUUCAGUCAUUGGUCAGAUGUAACAGAAUUUGUUUUAUUGUAAUUACUUUCAUAAAGUUCAGAUUCUCGUGCAGAGAACAAAAACCAGGCUAUGUCAAGAGUUAUAUAUUAUAUAUAGUUUAUUUAUUUAUUUAUCAUUUACAUAUACGACGUUGGCAUAUUCUCUUAUUGUUUAUGUCUAUAUUUUAUACAUGUUUUAGUCUCUAUUUAAUAUAGCAAUGGCAAAUGGUUGCUUUGA